AUGGGCCGCAACAGAGUGGUUUUGCAGGCGGUGACUGCGAGUGCGGUCACUCGGUGCACCAUGUGGAAUGCGUUGUGGACUGGGCAAAGGUGGUUGGGACUUGGCCAUGCCGCCGCCAAAAAAAACAAGGCUGGCCGCCCAGUGGCAGUGCUUCCUUGGGCGAGGCUGGUGUCGCUUGGCUCUCGGGAAUUUUAUUUUCCAGCGGGUCAGCCACUGCACACUGCGCACUCUGCAGGCACUCCCAGUCCUGCCAGUCCGCCAAUCUCCCUCAGCUGCUCUGUGCUCCCCACUCCGGCCACCGCGGCCCCUCUGACAGUGCCCACAUCUCUCGUGCUCCCGCCCCUCCUCUCCUUCGUCUCCCAAUUCUCUGGCUCCAAGAGUCCGCCCACGCCGGCCGCCUCGCCUCCGUCUAGCUCGCCUAUUGCCGCCGCCGCCGCCAAAAACGAGGCCUUUCCGGACCAUCACAUCGGCCUCAACCUCCCCCCUACGCCGCCCAACUACCCGGAUUAUGGCACAGUAGACUCGGACGGCCCCGACAGUCCCCCUCACAAGCGUCAGCGCAGCGCCUCCCGCCCGCUCUCCAUAAACUCCUACCAGCCGCCUCUCAUGGACAUCACCGAGGAUACCAUCCCGGAGCUGCAGCCCGUCUUCUCCUUUCUCAACUCCCACUCCAACAAGCUCUACCAGGAGGGCUACUUUCUCAAACUCGACGACCAAAAUACACAGGGCAAACCCAAUGCCGACCGAACGUGGACAGAAUGCUUUGCCCAGCUCGUCGGCACCGUCCUCUCCUUAUGGGACGCCGCCGAGCUUGAUGCUGCCGGCGAGGAUGGCGAGGUCCUUCCCAAAUUCGUCAACCUCACAGAUGCCUCGAUCAAAAUGAUCGAGUCCCUUCCCACCCGCUCCAAGGACGAGCAACCACUGCAAAAUAUUCUCAGCAUCUCAACCGCUGGCCGCAACCGAUACCUCCUCCAUUUCAACUCGCAUCACUCCCUCGUCCAAUGGACUGCUGGCAUUCGCCUCGCCAUGUACGAGCACUCUACCCUCCAAGAGGCAUACACCGGCGCCCUCAUUGCUGGCAAGGGCAAGACUCUCAACAACAUCAACGUCAUUCUCGAGCGCUCCCGCUUUGCCACGGAAUCCUGGGUCCGAGUCCGCUUCGGCGCCGGUGUACCCUGGAGACGCUGCUGGUGCGUCAUCACCCCUCCUGACGAAAAGGAGUUCGCCAAAAUGCAAAAGGAAAUGAAGAAGCGCUCCGCCUACGACCGGUCCUCAGCCCCCUCCCUCAAGGGCGACAUCAAGUUCUAUGACCAGCGCAAGGAAGGCAAGAAGCAGAAGAAGCUCCAGCCCAUUGCUUCCAUCACCGACGCCUAUGCUGCCUACGCCAUCUACCCCCAGGCCAAGUCGCUCGUCGAUGCUUCUACCCUUAUCAAGAUUGAGGGCAACGUCUCCAUACACACUGCACCUCCCUCCUCCACCGAGGGCUUCGUCUUUGUCAUGCCCGAGAUCCACCCCAUGGUCAGCGGCUUCGAAAUGCUGCUACGUAACCUCAUACCUACCUGGGACACAUUUGGUCUCUACGGUCGUCCUGCCCGCCUUGUUGCCAGCGUCCUCGAUCAGCGCUCCCUCAUGUUCGCCAUGCCCAAGCACAAGCGCUACGGCUACCUCGAGAUUCUCGACGUUGCCGGCCUCAUCAACGACCAGGGCAGCUCCAGCUGGAACGAGCGCGAGUGGCGCAAGCGCCUAAAGGAGAUUACCGGCACCCGCAUGAAUGCCAUUGAGGAAGGAGGUGCCCGCACUGGCCGCAACAGUGCCAACAGCCCCAUGGGCGGCCUGCGACCCAAGGUUGGCUUUGCUGACGACGGCGCGUCCAGCCGAUCGUCGCGCUCCCAUUCCCUCAACGGCGGCCCAAGAACCGAUUCCGCCCCCCCUGAGGCCCAAGGCAACUGGCAACAGCCGGGCUCGGAUGCCAACGCCAGAGCCUACCCCGGUCCUCCUGGCCCUCCUGGCCCUCCUGGCCCUCCUGGCCCUCCCGGUGGCCCUGGCGGCCCCGGGGGUCCUAUGCCCAAUAGACCUCCUUAUCCCCAAGAACUGGCCGGCAUGGAAGAUGGCCGCGCCACCCCUCAAAUAAUGCGCAGCAUGAACACACCCGAACCCGUCUCCCGCCCACCCGCAUUCAACCACAACCCUCAAGAUCGCAACAAGGCCUACCACUCGCCGGAGCUCCGUCGCGCUAAUAGCCGACUCUCCAGCUCUACCCUGGCUCAGAUGCACGAGGCUAGAAACCAACCAUACGCCAACGAGCUCGACGGCCAACCUAUGCCUGGCAGCAACGGUCCGCCUCCACCGCCGCAUGGCCAGUACAUGGGACCCGGCCCUCAGGGUCGCCCCGGACAGCCGCCGCCUUCUCUCAGCGUUCCUCAAGGCCCAGGCCCGAACCGAACCAACUCACCAUACGGACCGCCGAGCCCGGGCAUGGGUCCUGGUAUGGGUCCCGGUCUAGGACCAGGUGGUCGUCCUCCCACGGCCGAGGGACGUCGCUCACCUUAUCCCCCGGGCCAAGGGCCACCUCCUGGUCCCGGCCAAGGACGCGGCCGACCGCCACCCGGACAAGAGAACUUUAGACCUGGGCCUGGCGGACCCGGACAAGAGAAAUUUAGACCUGGGCCUGGCGGACCCGGACAAGAGAACUUUAGACCUGGGCCUGGCGGACCCGGACAAGAGAAUUUUAGACCUGGGCCUGGCGGACCAGGACAAGAUAACUAUAGACCCGGACCCGGCGUACCAGGAUCCCGUGGCCCCGGCGGUCCGGGAGGCCCUGGUGGCCCGCCCGGUGCUGGACCCAUGCACCGCAAGCCUAUGCCCAUACGAGGACCGCCGCCCAACCGUGGCCCGCCUCCUUCUGCUGAUGAUAUUAUUGAUGCCUACAGCGAGAUGCGGGCCCCGACAGGCCCUUCUGGCCCUGGAGCUUCCCGACCGCCCCAUCACGGCGGCCCUCCUGGCGGUUACGGACCCGGCCCCGGACGGCCAUACACGCCCAACGGCGGCGCAGGACCGCAAGGACCGCAACCGCAAGGACCGCAAGGACCGCCACCAGGCAGCUUCUCGCGUCCGAUGCGAAGUCCGCCCGGAGAGGGGCAACGGCCGAUGCCCCCUCAGCAGCAGCAGUCCUAUCAAGGCCAGGCUUUCUAG